GGCGGGGCGGCCGCGCGUGCCUUCGCAGUGGGCCCCGCCGCGCGGGCCGGGGGGGCGCGGGCGCCGCGCGGCGCCCGAGGCGAAAAAGUAGCUGUCAAAUGCGCGGCGCCUUUAACCGGCGCGAUCAGUGCGGCUCGGCGAGUCAUGGCGACCGCAGCCUCCAACCACUACAGCCUGCUCGCCUCCGGCUCCCCCAUGGUGCACGCCGAGCCGCCCGGCGGCAUGCAGCCCGGCGGCGGCUACCGCGACGCCGGCGCCCUGGUGCAGGCGGACUACGCGCUGCAGAGCAACGGGCACCCGCUGAGCCACGCUCACCAGUGGAUCGCGGCGCUGUCCCACGGCGGCCCCGGCGGCGGCGGCGGCGGCGGGGGCGGCGGCGGCGGCGGCGGCGGCGGCGGCGAGGCGCCCUGGUCGGCGGGCGCGCUGGGCCAGCCCGACAUCAAGCCGGCGGUGGUGCAGGCGGGCGGGCGCGGCGACGAGCUACCGCCGCCGCCGCCGCCGCCGCCGCCGCAGCACCCGCCGCCGGGGCGGGCGCCGCACCUGGUGCACCACGGCGGCGGCGGCGGGCACCACGCGGCGGCGGCGGCGGCGGCGGCGGCGGCGGCGUGGCGGGCGGGCGGCGCGGCGCACCUGCCGCCCGGCAUGGCCGCGGCCAACGGCGCGCAGGCGGGGCUGCUCUACUCCCAGCCGCCCGGCUUCACCGUGAACGGCAUGCUGGGCGCCGCGCAGCCGGCGCUGCACCACCACGGCCUGCGCGACGCCCACGACGAGCCGCCGCCGGGGCCGCCGCACCACGGCGCCGAGCACCCGCCGCCGCCCCACGGCCCCCACCCCGGGGCGGCCGGGCCGGCCCCCGCCUCCGCCGCCGCCGCCGGGGCCGCGCCCCCCGGGCCGCCGCCGCCGCACCACGACCCGCACUCGGACGAGGACACGCCGACCUCGGACGACCUGGAGCAGUUCGCCAAGCAGUUCAAGCAGCGGCGCAUCAAACUGGGAUUUACCCAAGCGGACGUGGGGCUGGCGCUGGGCACCCUCUACGGCAACGUCUUCUCGCAGACCACCAUCUGCCGCUUCGAGGCCCUGCAGCUCAGCUUCAAGAACAUGUGCAAGCUGAAGCCUUUGUUGAACAAGUGGUUGGAGGAGGCGGACUCCUCCUCGGGCAGCCCCACCAGCAUAGACAAGAUCGCGGCGCAGGGCCGCAAGCGGAAAAAGCGCACCUCCAUCGAGGUGAGCGUCAAGGGCGCGCUGGAGAGCCACUUCCUCAAGUGCCCCAAGCCCUCCGCCCAGGAGAUCACCUCGCUCGCGGACAGCCUACAGCUGGAGAAGGAGGUGGUGAGAGUGUGGUUUUGUAACAGGAGACAGAAAGAGAAGCGCAUGACUCCCCCGGGAGGGACGCUGCCGGGCGCCGAGGACGUGUACGGGGCCAGCAGGGACACGCCGCCGCACCACGGGGUGCAGACCCCCGUGCAGUGAACUCGCGGCGGGGGCGCCCGGCCCCUCCUCCUCCUCCUCCUCCUCCUCCUCCUCCUCUCCUUCCCCCAACUUUUGAUUGUCCUCCUUUUUUUUCUUUUUUUUUUUCUUGUUUUUCUUUUUUAAUUAUUAUUUUCUCCUCUCUUUAAAAAAAAGACAAAAAAACAAAAAACAAAAAACGCGCAAAAAAAAAGGAAAAAAAAAAACAAAAAAGAAAACAAAUCAAAAAGCGCGCGAGCGAGAGGGCGAGCGCGAAUCACAGCAGACAGACAGACAGACAAAGCGUCUGCACCGGACUGUCCCUUAGACGGUAGCAGGAGCGAUGCUGUAUUUUGACCUUUCCCAGGCGAGUGCCCGUGCACCGGAGCGGAGUGAGUACCGCGCACAGGCAGGCAGGCAGGCAGGCAGCGGCACGGGCAGGGCAGGCACCGGCACCGGCACCGGCACCGGCACCGGCACCGGCACGGGCAGGCGCGGGGCGAAGCAGUUCGCAGAAAAGUCCCUUGCUCGCUGGCGAAAAAAAUACGGCGCUGCCCGGCCAGGGAGGGGGCGGGAGGGGAGGGGGGGGCGCAGCCACCUCGGGUCCCCUCCGCAGCCCCCUCCUGCCACACAAAGGCAGAUUGCAUUGUGGAAUGUCGCUCGGUGUUGGCACAUGCUGCUGUGUUUAUUUUCUGUGGAUCCCCUGUAGGAAUAUAUGAAAAAAAAAAAAAAAAAGAAGAGAAAGGAAAAGCUAUCCCUUUUGAUGUAGACAGUAUUUAACCGUACCAAUUUGCACUGCAAGAAAAUCGAAGUUUACAUAAACAAAUUCUUUUUUUUCUUUUUUUUUUUUUUCCCUUCCUUUCCGACCUUAAUUUUGCAAAUGACUUGCAUUUUCCACGGUGAGCGUUAGUCAACCAGUGACCGGUCUACAAUAUGUUACUGUGUUUUAGCCUUUGCUUUAUGUGUAUAUGUGAACUUUUGUUAUAAACAAGUCUUCUUAAAUAUGUGUAACGCUUAUUUUCUCCUUUUACCGUAGCAAAAAAUGAAUGCGUAUAUCUGUAUGUAUGUAUACAUAUGCAUGCGUAUGUACAUGCAUACACAUAUAUAUAUAUAAUCUCUCUAUAUACACAUAUAUAUGCACCGCCAGCUUCCAUUCUCCAGAGGCGUGACUCUCGUAAUUGCUUAAUAUACGCCUUCAAUGGCAAGAGUCGAGUUUGGAGAAGGGAGAAUAAUGCAAAUCGACAAAGUAAACUUCAUUUUCAGGCAGUGUGGCCGGGGGCCGAGGCGCAGCCAGAGGGGGAGGACAAAAAAAUUAUAUGCAGCCCUUGCAGCUUGUGCCAGCGCGGGCGAGGAAGGCCCGGCGUGGGAAAGGCGGAGAUGAAAUAGCACGUUUCCAGAGUUUUCCCGGAGAAAGUGGCACUUCCUUGAGAGAGAAAGGGAAUUAUUUACCUUCACACACCCCUCCAGCAUCCCCCCCCCCCUUCCCUCCCCUCCUCCCCCCCCCGAGGCUCCCCGUGCGUGCCUUUGGUACCCCGGGUCCCACUGCCCGGGCAGCCCCUGCCCGUGUCACCCCCAAAACUUUCCUUCCUUGAGCGGUUUGGCACCGAGGCAGGGCCAGGGAGAGCCCGAGGAGUUGCUGGGCCGGGGGGGGGGGUUGCCCGGGUCUUACACCUGCGUGUAAACCCCUGCUGCCCCCUCCUCUCCGCAGAGACCGUGUGCGGUUUUUAUUUUCACUUUUAUUUGUCGUAUUUAUUAUUUUUUUUUCUAUCCGUAUCUAGCCCCCCCUCCCCCAUGUCCUUUGGUCAGAUUGCGGUAUAAUUUAUGGAAGGAAAGGACCAGUUUUAACUUGGGCAGCCUUGUGUCUUUCACUGGGGAAUGAAAUGAAGUGGGAAACAAAAAAUUGCCAUUUUUCAAUCCGUCUUCCCCCCCCCCCCCCUGCUUCAUUUAUGGUUUUAAAGCGCAUUUCAUGACAUUAUCUCGAUGGGAAACGGUUAACUUAAAAAAAAAAAAAAAAAAGAGAAAAACCCAGAAAAAAAGAAAUAAAAGGGAAAAAAAAAAAAAGGCAAAACAAAAAGCCCUAAAGGGAAGCAGAGGAGCGGGACCUCGGAGCAGCGCAUGUAUGUGCGUGUGUCUGCGUGCGUGUGUUUGUGUACUCAUGCACACACACAGCUAUGCAUAUACAUUAGAGGAACUUUAAGCUAUGAUAGUUAUAAAUUCAUAAAGGGAUCAUUUAGUCAGCACAAACGGGUGCUAUAGAGACAAAGCAUUUUUAUAAUCUAAAAGUUUACUUAGUUGAGUGUUGGACAAUUAUGGAGAAAAAAAAAACAACCCAGUGAAGCAUUCUCUCUCUCGCAGAACUCUCCUAUAAAUAUUGCAUUCAGUAGCUAAGGCUUUAGAGUAUGUUUCUCAUUGUCUUUUAAAGCGCCUGUGACAUUGGGUUUUCUUCCCUUCUUUCUUUCUCCCUUUCUUUCUUUCUCUCUUUCUUUCUUUCUUCUUGGUAAGACAGAUGAUGAUUUCUAAGAGGCACAUGCAUUAGCCUUUUUCCUAGUUUUCCAACAAUUGGUACAAAGAUACGGGCACCAAGCUUUUCUCUUUGCUUUUCUUUUUUUUUUUCCCUUUUUUUUUUUUUUUGAUGUAUUGAGCUGCUUGUUAUUUAAAGUGUUGAGGACUAGCGCCUAGUGAAGUGAAUCAGAUCAGGGCAGAUCCAGUGGUAAAGGGAGGAAAUGAACUUUCAGACACUUAUUAAUACGUGCGUAAGGUCAGAAAACGGAGUCGAGAGGGUGUUUGAGAAAAGCCUCAAACUCCAAACUCCAAAUAGGUUUACUUUAAAAAAAAAAAAGUUACCACACAAACCUUACCACUAUGUAUAUAUGUUUAAUAUUUGUCCUUUGAAAUGCAGAAAUAGUUUCAAUGUUUUCUUUGUCUAUUUUUCUUUUUUUUUUUUUAAAUGCUACCCAGGGAAAUAUUUUCAUAUCAUUUUUAAGUGGCCUGCCUCAAUGUAUAUUUAUUUCUUUUAAAGCAAACAGGUUAUGGAAACUGUUUUUCUGUAGCUUUAAAUGAGUAGGUGAACAAAAUCUAUAUGGGAUGUAUUUUUUUUUUUGUUCAGUCUCUUUAAAAAUACUUUGUUUUGGUACAUUUGGAUGUGCUUGUGGGGAAAAAUAAAAACGCAGAGAUCCUUAUAUAUUUAUGUUAAAGUAAUAUUUUAUUAUCUACAUAAAACAGAAAUGCACAAUA